AUGUUUGCAAAUAAAAAAGCCUGGUUUUCAAGCAGUGUUUCACGGGCACGUCGGGAUUUUUGGCUAGUGGAGGAUGGAAUAGUUACAGGUUGGAGAACAGCAGAUUAUCUUUUCAGUGAUGAUGCUGCACACCCUGACACACUCAGGAUUUUUCAAAGUAUAGAGUACCUCUGGGACAAGAUUACUGUUUUUCACAGCUUGUUCCUGUGUGCAUGUGAAAAGCGACAGAGUGUAAAGUCAGUAAGCAUCGGACACUAUGUGCUGCCUCCAGUCGCAGUGCAGGACGCGGUGAGAAAUGUGGUUGGAAGGCUUAUUUGGGAGCAUGACCAGCCAAAUACACAGAGUUUUGCUGACCAAGCUGCCAGCGAUUCCAAAAAAGAGGAGAGUGAUUCAUUCAGUACAAGCACGUCAGAGAACGAAUUGUGUACAUGUUGCGAUUAA